CGGAUUUGUUGGAAUUAUGGGGUCGUCACCAGAGAUGGAGAGGUUUGGUUUGUCUGAUGUGGAAUAUUCGUUCAUGAUGGAUCCUUUGAAACGACGCCACAACCAAUCAAAGAAGCAAACAAUAUACGGGAUUUUCGCCUCAGAUGAUUCUGAUUCAGAGCCUGAAAGAAGUGGCUUCGGUGGACGUGAAGCUGGUUUCAAGCGUAAGGGUGCCAAUUAUUCAGCACCGAUCACCUUUGUCAGUGGUGGAGUGAAGGCAGGUGCUGGUGCUUCGUCUGGUCCGAAAGAAAAUAACGAAGAAGUCGACCAGAUUUCGGAUGAUGAAGACGACAAAUCUGUCCUAAGGAGUUUGCGUCCUUAUCAUGAUUCAGACUCUGACUCACCAAAUUCCGAUAUUUAUCGUAAACCUGACAAGCCUGUGGGCAUAUCCGUUGGGGCCAGUCGACGUGUAGCAGCAGCCGCUGCAGCGGCGAAGUCUGCGACCUCUGGUUUCGGGGCUUGGGAAAGGCACACAAAGGGUAUUGGAAUGAAACUUUUAGAGCAGAUGGGUUACGAACCGGGCAAGGGUCUUGGUUCUGACGGUCGGGGUAUUGUUACUCCAGUUCAAGCUGUCCAACGAGUGGGGAAAGUAUCAGUAGGGUACUAUGGAUCUGAAAAAGCUCCCGCCCCUCGUCGAGGAAAUGAGACUGUCGUUGAAGGUUCAGACUCUGGUAAGUUAUUUUUGAUCUAUAAGUAACCUACAAAUACUAUCUGACUCAAAGCUGAGUACUCAAACAUUUAUUUCGUAAUGUAGUUGUAUUUGUAUGCUAAUGUUUAGAUUUGAAACUAUAUGCGUCAAAUAAGUCUAGUGAAUUAUACUUAUACUAUAUAUUUAAAUCUAAAAUUGUCUGUUUAGUAAUUAUAUUAUUGCAGGUAUAUUCUGGAUACGAGUAUUGUUACCAUUAGUCAAUCAGUAACAAUGUAGAACUUCGUACGUACGUAGAUCAGUUCUAGUUGCCAUACCACAUUACCACAAAAGUACAAUUAUCGGUUCAAAUCUCAUAGUGGUAGAGGUAGUGAAAGUAUAAGCAGUAAUAGAAAGAUGUUAGUCAAGGAGUAUAAUCCAGUGAAAUAAAUUUGGAAGGAGAAAAAAUAAGGGACAUGAAGAAUUCAGAAGAUUAAAAUUUGGGAGAACACAAAGGGUGGAUGCACCUGCGCCGUUGCAAACGAUUUUGAGCUAUAUCAUUCAAGGUCUCUAACCAUCGGUUGGUAUCGUUCAGCGAAUCCCAACCAGGUAGUCUACACCUAC